CCAGCAUGAGCACCAAGGAGUCCCACGUGAAGCGGCCCAUGAACGCCUUCAUGGUGUGGUCUCGAGGGCAGCGGCGUAAAAUGGCUCAGGACAACCCCAAGAUGCACAACUCUGAAAUCUCCAAGAGACUCGGUGCUGAGUGGAAGCUUCUGACUGACGUGGAGAAGAGACCAUUCAUUGAUGAGGCGAAGAGGCUGAGGGCGCUGCACAUGAAGGAACACCCAGACUACAAGUAUCGCCCCAGACGGAAGGCCAAAAGUAUGGCCAAGAAAGACAACAGGUAUCCCUUCCAGUUGCCAAUGUUCCAACCGAUGAUUGAGGGCCUUCGUCCUUUUUAUCCUCCUCCUCACCUCCUGACCGCCCCGGGGAUACCCGGCGGCCUGGAAAAGCCAUCUGGGGAACUACCUCGACACUUACUGCCGCCUCCACUCUUCGCGCCUCCCAUCUCAAGCCUGCCCUACCCUCACGUGGACCCGGCCAUCUUCUCAAGGCUGCACUCGCCCGACGCUCUGGCACUCUCAAAGCUCUCCACCUCCGAGUCCUUGUCGCUGUCCAAGAUGCCAUCCGUUGAGUCUUCACUCUUAGCCAGACUUGCACCACACGACGUGUUUCCCUUACCAAGAUUACCGUCGCCGCCCCUACAGUCGCCCCUUCCUCCUUUGUCCUCACCACACCUACCUUCGUCUUCAAGUUUGCCCACCACCGGAGUCGCUUCCAGUUCCUCCGUGCUGUCUUCCCAUAUCCACCAUCCCGCCUCACCCAGCCUGCCGUCUUACAGUCUGCCUUCACCUAUUCCUAAGUACCCACCCGAAGUCUCUGCCAGCAGUGAGCAGAUCAUCCUCCCCGUCCAGCCCGAAGAUAGAUGUUGGCAGUCGUUCCAGAGACUCAAGCCCUCCAAGAAGCCCACCAGGAACUGA